UAUGUUACAAAACCUGAAAUAAACUACAAACUGGAUAGCUGGACUGAAUAGUCCUUUUGACAGCCAAUUUCUCAAACAGUUAGGUAUACAUCCUGACUGGCAAUUUGUAGAUGUGUAUGGUAUGGAUCCAGAACUACUUUGCAUGGUGCCAAGACCUGUCUGUGCGGUGCUACUUCUCUUCCCAGUAACAGAAAAGUAUGAAACAUUCAGAACAGAAGAGGAAGAGAGAAUAAAAGCCCAGGGACAAAAUGUCAGAUCAUCAGUAUAUUUCAUGAAGCAAACCAUCAACAAUGCUUGUGGAACAAUUGGACUUAUUCAUGCUAUUGCAAACAAUAGAGAUAAAAUGAACUUCGAAUCAGAUUCUACACUGAAAAAAUUCCUGGAGGAUUCGUUACCUAUGAGUCCUGAAGAGAGAGCCAAAUAUUUAGAAACCUAUGAAGCUAUUCGUGUUACUCAUGAAUCCAGUGCCCAUGAAGGUCAGACUGAGGUAUUCCAUUUUUUAAAUUUUGUUUAUUUUACGAACAUAAUACUUUGACACAAU